CAACAACAAUUUCGUUCUCAGAUUUCGAGAUGAUGAAGCCGUUUUAUGUCGUCAACUCUCCCUCAGCUAGCUAGUGACUCACAAUAAAUAGACGACUUUGACUGUUUUGUGUCUCUGCACAGUGUGUUUUGUGGCCUUUUUUCUUGCUCUUGGGGAAGUUCAUCAUGCUGAAAUCCCUUGGCGUUUUACUCCUGGUUGGCGUGGCAACCUCAUCAGUCCUUGCAGAUGAAGGCACUCCCUACGGGUUGGAGAGCGAGGACGGCGGAGACCCUGAUAAUCCUUCUCUUCUGAAAGAAGACAGGGCCGACCUAAUGGAAGAUGAGUUCAUUGAUCAGAGCGACCUGUUCAACUAUGACCCUGUUACCAGGACGAUGAGGAACAAAAAGGAGAGGAAAGAUGUGAUCGAUAUGACUUUAUUGGAGGAAUGUCGGAUGGACCUUGUCCAAUGUCGCCACAAUCUGGUGAAUUUCCACGAGAAGUCUUUACUCGAUGCCAUGUACGAUAGGCACAAGGCUUAUAAUGAGGUUGGCAGCUGCCAGAAGAAGCUAGAAGCCUGCGAUGCUGAUCUCUCAGAUUGUAAAGUAGGAUGCAAACCCCAGCUUGCUUCGCAGCCGGAGGGCACUGUUGUGUCACCCUGUGGAGGGGAACAAAUGUUCUUCCGUCGAUUUGCCAGGAGUUUCAUCAAAAUGCUCAUCACGGAGACAGAGCAAGAUGGCAUCCCAUUAGCAGCUGAGGUCAAGGUUGAACUGAACCCUUACCGCUGGAAUAAACUACGACAGUUCGUCCAGCAGAAGGGUAAACUAAAGCUAGUAGAUGCCCAUGAUCUCAUGACGGACAUGCUGGUCGGUGUUCAUCAUGACAACAUUAUCGAGAGCUCCUGGCUGGAGAGACUGACAGGAAUGGAGUGGAAUGAUAUUAAAUUUUACUCAUUGAUGGUCUCCCUCAGCAUUAUAGUAGUUGUGUUUGAGAGCAAAACACGGGCGACAUGGUGGCAACAGCUUUGUGUUGUCUUCAUUGUGUUAUUUGUCAUCAGCGUAGGUUGGAACUGGCUUUAUCUUUACAAGAAAGAGUUAUCCAAAAGGUUGGCAGAGGCGCAGAAAGUUCAAGGCAUUCCCAGCAAUUGCACUCCUUACAAUAUGUCCUGGUGGGACUCUAUUAAAGAAGUGUUUCGAAAGCAAAUGACAUUUCAGGACGACCCAUGUCACAUCUACCAUGAGAAGUACCUGGUGGAUCCCGUUUACGAAGUGUCUCCUAUGCGGGCUUUGUCUCACACAGUAGCCAUCAUGAUUCUAGAGCCCUUGCAGCACAUGGGGAGAGCCAUAGGAGAGUUCCACAGAGAGCUCUUGAAGGACCUCCCUUAUGCGGCCUGGAUACCCGCCAUUCUCUUUCCUUACCUCUCUGUCGUCCUCGUCAUCGUUAUACUUUAUUAUUGUCCCAGUCGGGGUCGGAGGAGAGAAGACCCUAGACUGCACCUAGUAGACCGCAUACAGAUGCUGGAGGGUCGGCUGGAGGAUGAGAAGGCCAUCAACCAGAGAUUGCAAAGAGUUCAAGCAUUAGAGAUGCCUCGUCUGCAAGCACAGAGGGAAUAUUUUGAGGAACCUGCCGCUGGCUUGAGACCUCAAUCUAAAGGACGACGGAGAAACAAGUCCAACAGCGAACCUGAUCUUCAGCACCGUCAACAGCAGAAGUCGGUUGCAUUAGGAAGGGUUGAGAAUGUGCAUUAUCAGGGUGAUGUCUCCAACGGCUCUUCAGACGAAGCAGAAAGUCAACUACGGCAUCAUCGAAAUCCUGUCACCCAAGAACGAGCUUCUUCGCAAAGACUCGCUAAAUCGGCACCUGCCACUAAAUCAGGGCGGAGGACCACUGUUGUUCAGGGAAACCCAGUUGAAUCCCCCAUCUCUGAAGUUGAUUCCAUUGAUGGAACUAUGGCGAAACCAUCCAAGAAGCCAAUCACUAUUGGGAGAAUGGAUUCUCAACAAGCAAGAGUUGAAGCUUCAGGUCAAAUAGAGGCAAGUGGAUCUUCAGGUCAAACAGUGGCAAGUGGAGCUCAUCAUGCCAGAAAUUCAGGAGAUGGAGCUGGAGGUGAUGUGGUGAAGGAGGAAAGAAUUACUGCAGAAGGAGCUUCAGGUAAGGAAGUAGAAGCAAAAGUCUUCCAUAAAGAAAAGUCGCUAAAGGCACCCUCGACACUGACCCCUUCCUCGUCAACCGACUCAGAAACUUUCUUAGCAACUCCACAAGGCUGUGAUAGCCCGUCUAGUGUUUCCGUCAUCGAAGGAGACUCAAGUCCAAGAUCUGGAGGAAGUGUCGAUGGUGAUUCUCAUCUCCAAGGUCUUGGGAUAUCUCUGAGUGGUAGUAUUGACGUUAUAGAGCCCCAGGAGGUCUUGGAAGGUCAGCGAGUUGGCAAUGAUGACGGACAAGACUCUGAUGAGUUUGAGGUCCUGUCUCGUGAACAGUGCCAGACUGAGUCAAUGAACUAAUAUGGUGCUUGUCUCUACGGCUUUGUAGUUAUUGGGACAUGUUCCUUCACAGGAAUUUGAUUGCUCAGUUUUUUUAUCCUGAUUUCAGGAUUCUCUCAAAACCUUCUUGAGCUUUCAGAUUUUCUUGAAUGAUGCAAAACAGUCAACAGCAGGAGAAAGAAAUAAUCCACAUUGUGUCCAAACCUUGGUGAUGCACAGAGUCUGUGAACCUCCUGAACUGUAACAUCUGAGCAAAUUCUAGGGUCUGGAAUAAGGGUGACCCAGAGUAUUUUUCGGAUUUUUUUUUUUUUUACAUUUAUACAAUUCGAAACCAAAUGAAAAAAAUUCAAAUAAGUAAUUUGUAAGCCAUCAAUAAAAAAUCAACAAAAUGUAGGUAACAAGUCGAGAACAAUUUUAUACAUUACAUAUCAUUUUGGCUGGUUACCUCGCCCGCCUUUCUUAUAACCAAAUUAAUUUGUUGUGCUGACUAGUUUUAAGACAUUUAUCCAGAAUCAUUGCAGGAAAUUAUUUUGGGUGAUGUGAACUAAUGGUGCAGGAACUGGGUAAUUUUUCAUGGCUCUGCUUGCAAAAGAAUUCUGCACUCACAGGGCCAGUUUUCUGUGUUAAGCUGUGAAAGUGAAAUUGCUUAGACUAUCAAAAUUGCCUAUCAAAAUUGACUAUUGAAAAUUCCCCUACCAGCCUGUGAAAGAGGCUUAGCAUGGAUUUCUCUUGAUCUGUAAGCGCUGAUUUUGUCACUUUACAGUUAGCAGAGCCUUGAAAUUGGGCCCUGGUGAGUUGUGGACCAUUCAGAGGAUUCAAAAGGUAUUUUAAAGCGGAUCAGAGGCGUACACUAAAUUCUAAUUGUGCAGGCUCUGGACCUGUUCAAAAUACAGGUAAACAAGUGUUUUGUUCCAGUAAGUUAAAUCAUGAUUUUGCAUGUGAACUUUUAACAACAAAUUGUUUUUGUACAGAAGCAACUAAAAUAUGCAUCUUGUUCUACCAUUGACAUUGCAUCGAUCAAACUAAUGAAAACUUGUUACAUUUUUUAAUGGGGUUCCUGUUCUCUGUUUGGAUUGGUCAUUGCAUUUAGGGGUAGGACUGAGUCAGAGCAGUGCAUUUUGAGAGGUGCAACAUUGAGAGACCAGUAUACAAUUGUUGCACGCUGUGACGGGGUCCAUGGCAUUUUGUACACUCGAGGGGGAAAAUGGAA